AUGUUUUUGUGGCUUAAACUCUUAGCAUUUGGCAUUGCAUUUCUGAGACAGGAUGCUUUUGUCAAAGCAGGAGAUGAAAAUCUGGCAACUGCCAGCUCUCCCUCCCCUGUGUCACCUCCACCUGCACGCUCCACAUCACUCUCACCUCCAGCAGGAGAUGAAAAUCUGGCAAACACCAGCUCUCCCUCCCUUAUGUCACCUCCACCUGCACGCUCCACAUCACUCUCACCUCCAGGCACCACUGAAGGAGUUGAGUCAGCAGCGACUACACCUGGUGUCUCUCCUGCAGACAGCACAUACCUCUCCACGCAUGCAGGCUCCGUCCCUGCCACGGGACUCAGCAACCCACCACGCAGCAGCACUGCUGCCCUCACCACACGCACUCCCAUUGCCUUCGAGAAUGCUUCAUCAGAUGAUUACAAUUCAACAUCCUUGCACAGCACCAUCUCACCAGUCAGCAUGCCAGCAAACACUGGGAUCAUCCCCACUCUCACAAUAGAAGCUCCCAUAGUGACAACUGAAGAACCUUGUGAUGAUUAUAUUGACCGCGACAUAACAAGUGUAAAAGAUGAGAAUAACAUGGCUGAAGUUACACUGAAAAAUCUCAGAAAAAACAGACUAUAUGUUAUUUUAGAGGCUGAGAAGAACUUCAGUGUGGAUUCCAGCACCCAUACAAUAAAACUUCAGAGAUGCAUGAGAUACACAGUCAGAGUUAAAAAUUGCCCAGACAAAUAUGUUACUGUUCCGCCUGAACACAGCAAGAAUCCUUUCAAAGUUGAGGAUCAAACCAACACAUCUGCAAAGUUAUGUUGGGAAAAAUCAUUGGCCUGUGCUAGUGUGACUGUUAGGCACAAAGAUUUACCAGUCUUUACAGUAUCCAAUCAAGUUUGUAAAGAGCUGGACAAUUUAUCACCCAACCGUGAGUACAUCUACACUGGUACUGCACAUAUUUUUGAAGAGAAUUUUGUCAACCAAAGCAUCAUCGUAACAACAGAUUAUGGUGCUCCAGAAGCACCAGAAAACCUUACAGUAGUUUGUGAGGCCAGAAAUGUAUCAGUUAGCUGGAAGAAACCUAGUGACAUUUCAAAGGGUCCUAUACAUGGCUAUAUGGUGACAUGCAAUGACACAGAGACAGAAUUUGUCCACACGACUGACUUUAUUUGCCCUAAAUUAGAACCUUAUAGCAAAGGUUCUGUAUCUGUGACUCCAUAUACGAACAGCAAAUAUAAUAAUGAAAAAAUUAGGGGAGAAACUGGAACAUAUUACUUUACAACAAAAUCAGCAGAACCACAGCAAGUGAUUGAUGUUAAUGCAAUAUUGACAGCUGAUAAUGCUGUCCAAAUUAAGUGCAAAAGUCAACAAGUGUAUGGAGCAGAAACAGUGUUUGAAUUGACUUGGGAAAAUGAUGGAACAACAAAAUCCAGCACCAAUUCUUGUGAUUUUAAAAAAGAAAAUCUCUCCUACUUGACAAACUAUACAUUUACGAUCUUAGUGUUUAAUGGAAAACAUAGAGGGCAGCCAGUAAAGAAGAGUAUAAGAACCAGAUAUAAUUCUAAAGCCCUGAUUACAUUCUUGGCAUUCUUGAUCGUUGUGACAUCAAUUGCUUUACUACUGGUUCUGUACAAAAUCUAUGAUCUUCACAAAAAAAAGCUUAGCAAUUCUUCUGAAGGCGUGAACCUUGUUGCAGUUAAAGAUGAUGACAGGCAACUUCUGAACAUAGAGCCAAUACCUUCGGAGCAAUUGCUGGACAUGUACAAGAGGAAGAUUGCUGAUGAAGGAAGACUUUUCUUGGAUGAAUUUCAGAGUAUUCCUAGAGUUUUCACUAAAUUUUCAAUAAAGGAGGCCAAAAAAAGCCAUAAUCAGAACAAAAACCGUUACAUUGAUAUCCUUCCAUAUGAUCAUAACCGUGUUGAGCUCUCAGAGAUCCCAGGAGACCCAGGAUCAGACUAUAUCAAUGCAAGUUAUAUUGAUGGCUUCAAAGAACCAAGAAAAUACAUUGCUGCACAAGGCCCCAAGGAUGAAACCACGGAUGACUUCUGGAGAAUGAUCUGGGAACAGAAGGCAACAAUUAUUGUCAUGGUGACUCGCUGUGAGGAAGGAAAGAGGAACAAAUGUGCCCAGUACUGGCCAUCAAUGGAGAAUGGCUCUGCAACAUAUGGGGACAUCAUUGUGAAGAUCAAUGAAAGUAAAACAUGUCCAGACUAUGUCAUUCAGAAACUACACAUCACAAAUGGAAGAGAAAGGACAGCUGGAAGAGAUGUCACUCAUAUUCAGUUCACAAGCUGGCCAGACCAUGGAGUCCCUGAGGAUCCGCAUCUCCUUCUCAAACUCCGACGCAGAGUUAAUGCUCUCAGCAACUUUUUUAGUGGCCCAAUAGUGGUUCAUUGCAGUGCCGGUGUUGGGCGCACCGGGACAUAUAUAGGAAUUGAUGCCAUGCUGGAGGGGCUGGAUGCAGAAGGCAGAGUGGAUGUUUAUGGCUAUGUUGUGAAGCUGCGCCGGCAGCGGUGCCUCAUGGUUCAAGUAGAGUCACAGUACAUCCUUAUCCAUCAAGCGCUAGUGGAAUACAAUCAGUAUGGAGAAACAGAGGUCAGUCUCUCAGAACUGCAUUCCUAUCUUAACAAUCUGAAAAGAAAAGAUCCUCCGAGUGAUCCUUCUCUGCUGGAGGCAGAGUUUCAGAGGUUACCUUCCUAUAAGGGGUGGCGGACACAGAACACUGGGAAUCGUGAGGAAAAUAAAAGCAAAAAUAGGAAUGCCAACAUAAUUCCAUAUGACUUUAACCGAGUGCCGAUCAGGCAAGAAGACGAAUGCAGUAAGGAGGGUGAACGUGAUUCAGAUGAUUCCUCAGAUGAGGACAGCGACUGCGAGGAAUCAAGCAAAUACAUCAAUGCUUCCUUCAUAACUGGUUACUGGGGUCCAAAAGCCAUGAUUGCAACACAGGGACCGCUGCAGGAAACUAUCUCUGACUUCUGGCAAAUGGUCUUCCAAAGAAAAGUCAAAGUCAUUGUUAUGCUGACAGAGCUGAAAGAAGGAGAUCAGGAACUCUGUGCACAGUACUGGGGAGAAGGAAAACAAACGUAUGAUGGCAUAGAAGUUCAUAUGACAGAUGUCAACUGUUGUCCUAGCUAUACCAUACGUGCAUUUGAUGUUACACAUCUGAAGACGAAAGAAACGCAGAAGGUGUAUCAGUAUCAGUAUCACAAGUGGAGUGGCUUGGAUGUUCCAGAAAACCCCAAAGAUUUAGUCAGCAUGAUUCUCAACCUUAAACAAAAAGUCCCAGCCAGACCAGUCACUGAGGAGAACAGGAGUACCCGCAGCAUCCCACUCGUCGUCCACUGCGGUGAUGGAUCACAACAGACUGGUGUAUUUUGUGCUUUAAUGACCCUCUUGGAAAGUGCAGAAAUAGAAGAAGUAAUAGAUGUUUUCCAAGUAGUAAAAGCUCUUCGUCGCACCAGGCUGGGAGUGGUCUCCACCUUUGAACAAUAUCAAUUUCUGUAUGACACCAUUGCCAGUACCUACCCUGCACAGAAUGGACAAAUAAAGAAGAACAGCCAGCAGGAAGAUAAAGUUGAAUUUUGCAGUGAAGUAGAAAAAACAGAUCAGGAAACUGAUUUGAUCACUAUUGAUCUUACCCCGUCAACGCCAGAGGAAAAAGAGCCUUCUGAAGUAUGUGAUGAUUCUAAGGCUGCAGAUAGCACUAAGGGAACAGAAAGCUCUACAAACGGCCCCACAACUCCAGUUCUCGCUUAGAGGCUAUACUAAAAAAAAAGUGCUUUUUCAUGUGCAAAAAAUCUUAAACAAAAUAAGAAGUGUAAGAUUUUUUCCUCUUCCCACCUUUUUUUUGGAAAACGUUUACUGUUAUAUCAGUUUUUUGAAGGUACAAAUUUAAAGGAAUACUUGAAGCUUGUAGAGAGUGACAAAGUACUGUGCAAGUUUAAUUUUUGUGUAGAUUUGCAUUUAAUACUUCUUCAGAAACCUUUUCACUAUUUUUAUACUUUUUCUUUUAAAAAUAUGUACAGUGUAAUACUAUGCUGAGCAGUGAGAAGGAAAUUUUUUGACUUCUGUAACAAGAAGAAAAGCAACUCAGAAAACAAGAUUAGUGUGUGGCAAAAACAGGUCUGUCUUCCAAACUAUAAGCAAGUAAAUUAACCUAAUAGAUAAGCAUAUAUUCUAGCAUUUCAGGAGUGCUGACCAAGCACUGCUUUAAUAAUACUCUGCGGAACUUGAGGGACUUGGCCAAACAGUUUUAAGAGCUUAUCGUUUACAUCAUGUGGCAAUUCCAAGGAACUCAGACUUACAGGGAAUCUGUAAGUCCUCUCAUAUCGAUCUGGAACAGGAAUUUUUGCAUUUUUCUAACUUGCCUCAAGGUGUCCUUGCUGCUCCACGUAUAUUAAUCUGAGAUUUCAAUGUUAGACUCAAAGAAGAGUUUGGAGAUUGGCAUUUGAAUAAUUGCAACAAUUCUGAUAGAAAACAUAUUUUGUUUACUCUUAGAUCUUAAAAUACUGCAUGCUUGCACAUCUAUUUCUUAUGCUUACUGUUAUUUAAAGGGACUGCUUCCAUGAACACAUCUGACCUGUUUUCAGAAUUGGAAAAUACUUAGAUGCUUUUCCUCCAAACCUUGUAGAUUUUAAUUGGUACAGGAUUUUAUUUUUUUUUCUUUAUGAGGUUUUGUAUGUUACAGUUGUGAUAUUUUUACUAUUUCUUGCUGGAUUUUAGCCUACUGUUUUUAGA